AUGAAUUUGUCAAGCUCUUUAGAGCCUAGAUCCCCAACCUACCACCGUCGGAAUCUGACAUCAAGUUGCAGAACUUCGCUCCUCAGAGCCGAGAGCCUGACGACCAUAGGACUGGAGCAACAAGUUGUUGAACAUCACAUACUGGAAUUAGGUUUAGAACAUCGCGUAUUCCAAACUCUGAAGCUUUUUUAUCGAAAUUCCAGUUGGGGCUGGAAUCAAAACGGUCAAGUUGGUUUAGGAACCAUUGAGGACUCUCUUAAAAGAUCACACGUUCCUGAGAAAGCUUCAAUUAUCAAUGGGGAGAAGAUGAUACUUGUUCCAUGUGAUUUUAAAGACCAUCUUGUCCCUCAUAAACUCGAAGCAUUACAUGGCCAAUUCAUAUCGCAUGUGUGUGUGGAUGGAGGCACAUUAUGACAUUAACUCCAUAUGGAAAGCUUUACAGAUGGGGAUGGAACAAGGACCAUUGCUUUCCUAUGCAAGCCAAAUUUUCAGAUGAGAAGGCACGUCAUUUUUCAUUUGACAUUUCGUUAAAAAAAAAAUUUUAAAAAUAUUGUAUCAUCAGUAACAAAUUUAACCUAAUUUAUUUAUUCACAAAAUGUUGUUCAGAAGUCAUGUGUAUGGAGCUAAUGUGUUUUCAUGCGGCAUAGGUACAAAUGGACAACUAGGCUACAAGGAAGCUAUUGACAGAUGAGGGCUAUAAGGAAGAACCUGGUGAUAAUGAUGAUAAAGAUGAUGACAUCCAUGUCCAUGAAAGAAAGAUUCAACAUGUUGGAAUGUCUCCAAAUAUUUUUUGUAGGUAGUGUUUUUUUGUUAUGAUUGAAUCUAGGAAUGAAGGGAAUGGUUCAUUCCAUUGGAAUAUAAAAGAAAAUGAUGUUUGAUUUGUUUGAUGG